UUUAACUGAACACAAAUCUCCUCGUGUUGCCAUGCUGCAGCGCUACGUUUAGACUGGCACUAUUUUCUCCAUUAGGUCACGUUUUCUUGCAGAGACGUUUACUUUUGGUAUUUUAUUAUUACUGAAGCGUUCUGAACCAGCAGCUAGUCAAGGCUUCUUUUUUUAGCCCAAAACAGUGUUGUGUCGGGGAUUCGGCCUUGUCCGCAGGAUGUAACAAAACACGCUGAACACAACAUCCUAGUUUUAAAUAGCCGUUUUCGCAUUUCGUCACCGUCUCUAUAUUUGUAGAUAUGCGUAUUAAAGGCAGGUGGUCAGCGUAGCAGAAUACGUAAUGGAAGUGAAGCGCCAGGACAGCUUACAUAAAAGUGUUAAGUUAGUGCAUGACAUUAGGCCUAUAUCUAGCAAAAAAAAAAAAAAAAAAAAAUUGUUUGUAUAGAUUUGAGGUCCCUCUGCUUGGCUCUGGAAUGUCUGUUCUGCUCGUGUCACCAUCUGAAAUGAGAGUCUGGAGCGCCACGCUGACAACUGUGGGGAGGAAAAUCUAUGCAGAGUGACAACUCCACUAGGACUGUACAACAGGGGCGAGCAGUAGGGCUUCCUGGGGAAUAGUGUCUCUAAUUUUAAUAAAGCAAAAUUAAAUAACAAACAUUUACACACAAAAUAAUGGCAGCAUCAGAGAAGGCGCUGAUCUACGGCGGAAACGCGCAUUGCGCGCUCUCCAACAAAGUUUUACGCGUCGUGGCGACUCCAAAGGACUCGAAUUAUGUAGAUUUAGACGAGUUGCUCGAGUUAAAACUGGGCGAGGCGAAAGCGGUACAAGUAAGUUUUACCGGCCAGAAGGACCCUCUCCAGUGCGUCCGGUUUCCUUCGGUGGAACAUCUGCCCAGACUGACGCGCAAAUGUGUUAAUCUGGAAUGCUGGGAGAAGAGCAGAACAGAGGGAGCAACAGAAAUCAAAACAGCUGGCUUUUCUAAAGGAGAACUUGUCAGUCAGAGAAAACUCACAGACUGUCUCGAGGAAAAGGAGACCAAAUUGCUUGACGGUGGGGAUUUAACGCGCACGGAUUUGGAUCUCAGCGAGAGAAGCGACUCGGAUGACGAAGUGAGUUUGGUACUAGCGGAUUACUGCGUACACGAAUUAGCGGACGACGAGGCUCACUACAUCACCACGCACGAAAUUCAGCUUUCCGAGCUCGACCACGAAGUGGACUGCGACUUCGAAACAGCAUCCACUUGGGACGUCGAUGACGACCACCAGGUUUAUUCGUUCGUGGAUUACGCGUCUGUUGACAGCGACGGACACACGGGAGCACAGGGGGGAAACGACGAGGAUUUUAAGAUCUCAGACAAGAAAGUGCCCGAGUGCCAAGGCAAAAGCAACGGCCACAUUCACCUGUCAAUCAAAGCCACUUCCAGAGCUAUAAACAAGCCUAGCAACGUCCAAGAAAAGGAUGGAGACCACCAUCAUCAACACGCUGGAGAUUUAAGACGCUGUACUUUGAAAGACACGAAGGGGGAAAAGGUGUGCGAUGGCGCAAAGUGUUUGAUUGCACUGCCUGGUCGUUUGCACUUUGGCAGCAAAUUUAAAGGCAAAGAUGUUACAGGUUACUCGAGCGGCACAUCCAGCGCUGUUAGUGAGUUGGAUGAUGCCGACAAGGAAGUGCGCAAUCUCACGGCCAGAGCUUUCAAAAGUCUGGCCUACCCAUAUCUCAAUGCUAUUAACUUCAGCACCUCCAGCGAGUCCUCAGCUUCAGAGCGCAGCAAAGGGCUGAACAGGUGGUCAGCACUUGUUGAUCUAAAGUAUGGCAACGUGAACAUGUCCAAAGGAGGCGGUCACAAUAUAGUCGCCCAUCAAAAUGCCUCUUCUAAUUUCCAGAUGGCAAAAAGGAGGGAGAGUAAAGGGAUAACGGGAUUAACACUGACCAGUAGAAGGGCGCCCCCAGUCGAGAUAUUUGCCCUGAACGGCAAUCUGGUGAACCCCAAAAACGCGUCGACCUCCAAAAAAAUUGAGCUCAUAAGCAAAAAUGGAGAGGGUCCGAGCGGGGUAAUAAGGCUCACUGAGACGCUGAAUUUUCGCUGCAACCUGAAAGCGGGUCCGCCUGCAAACGAAAGGCGCGUGAAAUCCGCCCGAACCACGGGAGGAUCACAUUCCGCAGAUGAGGUUACAAACCCUCGACAAAAGGCGCACAGCAAAGCACCGUGCAAUUCAGAAGAAGCCAUGGAGGACGUGCACAAGAAAUCCAUAUUUGCUUCGAGCAUACUGAAAAAUGUCAUUUCGAAGAAAAUGCAGUUUGAGCAGGAGCGCAAGAUGGAGCGAGGAGAGAUCCUGGAGCAGGAUGCGUCCCGCGACAAAGCUGCGUCCAUCGGAUUCCAAAGGCAAAGCUCGAAACUCUCCGAGACCAGCUCCGACUUGAGUAUCGUGUGCCUGGAUGAACUCGGAGACAUCAUGGACAGCGGGUCGUGCGAUGCCAAGGACAGUGAGCGCCCCGAACAAACUGUCGCUCUCGCAUCGGAAACUAAUUUGGAGUCCCAAUACUGCGCGGCAUUCAACGCUAAAAAAGGAGCUGCAGACGCGUCCAGAGGUGCACUGAUUAGGAGCCAAAAUAGCGCUUUCAGAAGCUGGAGGGACGAAGAGCUCGAGGUUCAGACCGAGCGCAAAAACGAGCAGACAGACACGACGAGCAGCAAACUGACAAAAAUGUCGCGCUUAUUUGUGCCAAGCAUCCAACUCGUGUCCGGUGAGCCUGAGCCGAGCGCGCAUGAUAACCGAGAAGAGAGGAGCAUGAACACUCUGCAUGUAUCAGACACAGCUCAAACUGCGAAGGCAAAAUCGCCGGAAAUUAAGAUAAGUUUACGGAGUACGCGAGAGAACCGGAGCGACCCGUUCAGCAUCGCUAAGCUCCUCGCUCCUAAUACCGGCUGCUGCACCGCGGGCACGCUGAUCAAAUCAAGCGACGAGUCGAAAUACCAAACGCUCAGUGCUGCACUGAAGGGAGACUCGUCGGACAAAAUCCCACACUUCACAGUUCGAGAUGUUCGAGACAAGGCGAAGCUGCAGGCGCCAAUACACCAGGUUAGAGACGUGCGCAAGCUGGUUAAAAGCUCGUAUCACUUUGUAUCUUUGGACAACAACAGCGCGGACACGGAGAACAAGCCGUCCAAACAGAAUGCAUAUCGGAAUCCCACAACAAGCCUCCCCCCUAUUGUUAUUAAGUGUCAGUCAGUGAAUACAAACAGCAAUGCAAAGCAAUCCGAAAUAAUCCUUGAUUGCUCGGACCAUGGAUUGGUCGAGGAUAUCUUAGAGGCUGAUGGAUCACAACCUCAGCUCUAUGAGGAUGACAUUAAUACAGGGUCGGCACAAACAAGCAGUGACCAUGUGCAUUUAGCUGACAUAAAGCGAGAAGAAAGCCCUGAGUUAAUAACUGAGACAAAAAACACAUCAAAAAGGCAGGAGAAAGCAUGUGAUCCAGGUGAGAAAAAGGCUGAUCCAAAGAUGGCUGCUCUGGAGAAACUUCAGGCUGCUGUUAAAACAAUGGAACAGCUUUAUGUGUUUGACAAAAAUGAAUGGAAGAGGAAAUCCGACCCACAACCAAUAACUGACAGCCAUGUGCUUUCAUACCUGAGUGGUGAGCAUCACGUUGGUCAUGAGCAAGACCAGGAGAUUGAUAGUUCUUUGUCACUGACCAUGAGACGAGACUCAUUCUCAAACCCAGAUAAGAUAAAUGCCAGACAGCCCUCAAAACGAAAGGAAGAGAAGGAAUCGUUCAAAUCAUUGCACACUCCUGUCAUCCAUGACAAACAAAAGGACACUAAAACUGUGAUGCAUCUUGGUGGAACUUCUAAUAAGGACAUUUCUAGCCAGAAAUCUGUAAUGCCUGUCACAACAAGUUCAGUAAAGGCCCCACAGAUGCAUGUCAGAUCCUCAGCAUCUGUUAGUUCUAUAGCUGUAAAGAACCAAAAGUCUCAAAAGAUUCCAGAGUCUUUAAAUAUUACUCAGUCAAAGCCAGGCACAGAAAAGAAAGAAAAGUCAAGCAGCAGUGCAGGCAAAUCCAAUAAGGCUGGAUUUGCCCCAGUUCAGUUUACGUCUUCAGUUGAUUCAGAGAAUUACAUAACCAUACCUGUCAAACCGUAUGCCACUGAAGCUCAUAAAUCUCACUCGCUAUAUAGCAGCAGCACCAGAAGCCACGGAGACAGCCAUCAGCCCCUUCAACACUCAAAUACUGUAAUGGAGACACGUUCCCCAGAUACCCCUACUGCUACAAUCUACCAUCACCCUCUGCCCAUUGCAAUGCAUGCAGCACAUCCACAGGUCAUUUGUUUUUCUCCUACAGUGCAGCCAUCUCCAGUCCCCACAGACCACUUUCAGUCCACACAGAGAAAAAUGCUCUUGGAUCCCACUACUGGAAAUUAUUAUUUGGUUGACACUCCUGUCCAACCGACCACAAGACGACUUUAUGACCCAGAAACAGGACAGUAUGUUGAUGUCCCCAUGCCACAACACCCCCCAAUGACACCUGUGCCUGUGCCUAUCUCCCCUCUUGCCCUUAGCCCUGGAGGCUAUGGCCAUACCUACAUGUUAUACCCAGGAUACAUGGCCCCUACAGUGAUUCCUACCCGGACCAUUCAGUCUCAGCUUUCUAUGCAAUCAGAGGUGGAAGCGGGAGACAAAUCCCAAGCAGGGCAACAAGGAGAUGGAGCCUACAUGGAAAACCCUUAUUAUAUGCCUUCUGGUAAAUCUCUGCAGUUAAAUCCAGGUGCUCAGCAUGUAACCACUGGCAGGUUGGCCAACAGCAAAGUGCCUGUCAUCAGCAUCACCUCCCAGCAAGGACCCAGGAUCAUCGCACCUCCUUCCUUCGAUGGUACCACCAUGAGUUUUGUGGUGGAGCACAGAUAACUGUCCAGCCGCUUACAGUGAGCUGCCUGUAAAACGUCCACUCAGCACUUCCAAGAUCUGAUGUGUCUAUUUUCUUUAAUGGACACAUGUAAUGUUUGCCCAAUUUCUAAACUGGAAAAGCUUCGCCAUUCUCACUAAUCAUUUGCUUUGUCAUGUUAUGUGAUUCUUUAUUAUUUUACUGUCUUCUGUUUGCAGUGCAACUUUGCAAUGUUUGUUUCUUUGUUUAGCUCUUUUGCACCAUUGAGAAAUCGGAUGAAAAUGAGAGUGAAAGUUAACACUAUAGCAUUUCAGGUUAAAGCAAAAGAUCAAUGGGUCACCUAUUAAAUAUUAGAAAUUCUCAAGAUUUUCAUAACUUAAAUUGAAAGGAAAUUUCAGCCAAAUUCAAGGGACAUUUAAAAAAUCUGAAUAUUCAAACUUUAAUUUUUCUACCUAAAGACUAAUCAACAAAACAUUAUAGUGCCAAAAAGUCACUAAAACAGAAUCAGAAAUAAUCCAAAAUGUUUGCUACUGACAAUUAAUGACAUUAAUCAAGUUUGUGGGAUGUUUAUGACAUAAGUUUACGUAAGAUUUUAAUUACAGGGGUUUAGUAUGUAAGUUGUGUGAUAUGGCCAUCUCAC